UGUAUAGAUAUUGAAAAGGAGGUUUAGCGCGAGUGGAAGCUUAAAGGAAUAGGGUACCCUUAUAAAUCGUGCUUAAUGAACUAAUGUAAAAAAUAUAUAAAUCACAUGGCGUCUGGAGGAUACGGGCGAGGGGGGCGUGGGGCUGCCCUUCUCCAGGCCCUCAAUGCGCCUGCAAGGAAACCUGGGGAUAAAGAGGAGACCCAGCAUCCUGCAAAGCAGUCCAAGCCAGGGAUGUUACAGACCCAGUCACAGCAACCUGUGGCAAGCCAGCAGCCACCACCCCCUAUGUCUGUUGCCAGGGGUAGAGGUGCUUUGGGACUCCUGGCUUCAGCUGCAGGCAGGGGAGUCCUGCCCCCAAAGGCACAACCAGCUGGGCCAACAACAGGAGGAGCCUCAACAUUAGAAACCCAGCCUAGAGGAGUAGAGGCAUUGUUCAGACUAACGUCUGGAAGGGGUGGCAUGAUGGCUGCUGCUGCCGCUGCUAAUGGCGGACGACAACCUGGCCAGAUCCAAUCCUUACAACAGUCACCCCCACGACAGUCACCACGAGCCAGUACAAGCCAAUCUCCCCCUACAAUGGCACCAUUGGUCCAACAAACAACAGUCAAGGCUCCUGCCCCUGUUCCAGGUAUGGGCCAGGCCUCGCACACGUCUGGGGAGCCACCCACAAGCAGAUUUGGCAAUAUGUCAUUGGAUCGUGAUGAAGUUGUGCAUAGACCUGGCUCGGUUGGAAAACAAUUGUCAUUGUCUGCAAACUAUAUAAGACUUCGCUGUCUUAACCCUGGGGUGUACCAGUACCAUGUAGACUUCAGUCCCCAAGUGGAUUCCAAAAAUAUGAGGUUCAAGAUGAUGGGCGGGCUGAAAGAUAUCAUUGGAAAUACAAAGGCCUUUGAUGGUAGCAUUCUCUACCUGCCUAUAAAACUGCCAAAUCAGGAGACUGUGGCACACGCAGACAGGUUAACGGACAACGCCUCGAUAACCAUCACUAUAAGGCUUACUAAGGUGGUGGCACCGGAGGCCUGUGUACCUCUCUACAACAUCAUUUUCAGGAAGAUCAUGAGAAUUUUGGAGAUGGUAGAGGUUGGAAGAUACUAUUAUAAUCCGAAGACACCCUCAGCUGUCCCACAGCACAAGUUAGAAGUGUGGCCUGGUUACAUCACGUCCGUAUGUGAAAACGAGGGUGGAUUGAUGUUAUUGGCCGAUGCUAGCCAUCGAGUCCUCCGUACAGAAACAGUUUUGCAGAUGUUGCAUUCCAUACUACAACGAAAUCCACAGAGUUUCCAUGAUGUGUGCAAUCGUACCUUGAUAGGGACCAUUAUCCUGACUCGGUACAAUAACAAGACUUACAGAGUAGACGACAUUCUGUGGGACAAGUCACCACAACACACAUUUACCUGUGCCAGCACAGGUGAACCAAUGACAUUUAUAGAGUACUACAAGAAAGCUUACAACAAAACAAUAUCUGAUCAUGAGCAGCCUCUCCUUCUUCACAGACCUAAGAGGAAAACAUUACCAGGGGGUCAAGAAGCCAAAACUGAAGCCAUCUGUCUCAUUCCUGAGCUCUGUUAUGGCACAGGACUUACAGAUGAACUCCGAAAUGACUUCAAAGUGAUGAAGGACAUUGCAUGUCAUACAAGGGUGACUCCAAACCAAAGAAACUUGACAAUGAAGAAGUUCAUAAACAGUGUAAACGGCAAUCCGGAGGCAAAAAAAGAGCUCUCCAACUGGGGGUUGGAGUUGAUGUCUGACACACUCAGUAUGGAGGGUAGACAGCUCCAGCCAGAGAAAAUUAUCUACGGAAACUAUACGGGUUCGGCUGGUCCUAACGCUGACUGGGGUCGUGACGCCACCAGGCAACAUGUGAUCACAGCCGUGCCUCUCAAGAACUGGGUUGUUCUGUACACCAAGCGAGAUGGUGUCAAGGCAUCCAACUACAUAAAACAGAUGCUCCAGUGUUGUCCUCAGAUGGGGAUAGAAUGUCAGCCUCCUGUUAGAUUUGAGCUGCACGACGACCGAACAGAGACAGUGAUAAGAACACUUAGAGAAAACAUUAAUCCAUCUAUUCAGAUGGUUGUGAUUAUCUGCCCAACUAGCAGAGAUGACCGCUACUCUGCAAUCAAGAAGUUGUGUUGUUCCGAAUGCCCUGUUCCCUCUCAGGUCAUCAUUGCCAAAACCAUCAUGAGGGAGGACAAGCUACGCAGUGUGACUCAGAAGAUUGCCUUACAGAUCAAUUGUAAGAUGGGCGGAGAGCUGUGGGCAUUGGAUAUUCCAAUGAAAAAGCUGAUGGUGGUUGGGAUUGACGUUUAUCAUGAUGCUGCAAAGGGUAAGAGAUCCAUAGCCGGGUUUGUGGCUAGUACCAACCCCAAGUGUACAACCUGGUAUAGCAGAGUCUGCUUUCAGAUGCCAGGCCAAGAACUGGUGGACGGCCUCAAACUCUGUCUCAUUUCGGCCAUUAGGAAGUACCAUGAAGUGAAUCAUGUUUUUCCGGAAAAGAUAAUUGUGUUCAGGGAUGGCGUUGGUGAUGGACAGCUUCAGUUUGUGUCUGGUCAUGAGGUGGAACAGUUGAAGGGCUGCUUCAGCCAAUUUGGAGAGGACUACCAGCCACGUCUAGGAGUUGUUGUUGUCCAGAAGCGCAUCAACACCAGAAUAUUUCUCAAGGGUCACCGUGACAUGGAAAAUCCCCCCUCAGGAACAGUUGUGGAUCACACCAUCACUAGGAGGGAAUGGUAUGACUACUUCCUAGUAUCCCAGCAUGUGAGACAAGGCACAGUGUCACCAACACAUUAUAUAGUGGUACAUGACAACACCAACCUCAAGCCAGACCAUAUGCAGCGACUGUCUUAUAAAAUGACUCACUUGUAUUAUAACUGGCCAGGAACCGUCCGUGUACCAGCUCCCUGCCAGUAUGCCCACAAGCUGGCCUACUUGGUGGGACAGAACAUCCACAAAGAACCUGCACCUGAAUUGUCUGACCGACUCUUCUUCCUGUGAACGUCCCAGAGAGACCAUCAUCAACAAAGUGCAGCUAAAUUCAUUAACUCAUCCUCAUUUAAGUGAACAUGCAAGAAGCAUGAAUGGGAUAAAAUGUAUCCUACUUCACAGUAGGAAUGGAUAUUCGGGUAGAAGUUUAUUGCGGAUGAAAAACUUCAAUAUGUUGAUGCAACUCAUCACUUUGAAUGUUCUACUUUAAGAAAGUGUGUUUUGGAAGACUGAGCAGAAGGACGCCUCCAGGGUCCAGUUGCAGUCCAUUGCCACUGGACUGAUCAUGCCCAUAGUUUGUAUGAUACAUCAUAAAUUCAGGGAACAGUUAUUUUUAGUCCAAAGAUGUGUAAUGACAGUUCAAAUGAAUUUUCUCAUGUGCAAUUUUUGUAUAAACUUUUUAUCACCUAUAAAGUUAGGUGUUGCUUUUGUUGAUUCCAUUGAUAAAAGCUGAAUUAUGUUGCUGUGACCGUGUAAAUAACAUAUAGGGUAACAACGUUGUGUCCACACUUCAACUGUGGUGCUAUAUUCAUAUUUGGAAACCUUAAGCCAUUUCACUGCCAGAUCCUGCAGUAACCUUAUUUCAUAAGAAGAAAGAAAUUAAAAACUAUAGUUUUGCAUUCCAGGACUACAUGGUAGUAUAUUCACGAAUGUACAGAUCUAGUUUUAAAAGUCAGAUUUGAAGACAAUAAGCUACUCAUUUGUGAAAACCGUGAGAUGUCAUUUCAGUACGGUUUAAGUUGUUAAAACAGCAUGCAAUCAUUAUUUGUAAUUGGGUAUGAGAAAUCAUUAAAUACUGAGAGAUGUGUAUAUAUUCUAAUAUUUGUAGGUAUUGGUGAUAUGAUAAUUCUGUCCUCAGUUGCAAAAUUUGGGCUAAAAACUAUACAACCCUUGGGUAAAGUUUUCGUACCUCAGAUUCCUACAUCUUAAAUGCUUCUCUAUUUCUCCAACCUCUUACACAAAAUUUUUGGUAAAAAUCCUAUGUGAAAAUUGAGAAUGCAACAGAUAAGUAUAAAAUUUAACCCAGGAAUGAGUAUGGUAUACUCUAAAAGUAAAGAGUAGGCAAAACAUUGUGGAAAGUUUGAUAAUUGUUUAUUAGGCAAUGAAGGUUGAUAUUCUUCUGCUGACUGACACUUCCUAGUCAGGAUUCGAAACACGUAGUUCUGGAACAUGUCACUGGGGCCACCAAGGUGGGAUAGGUUUCUCACAUGAGACAAGUGCACAGGUGUGGGAUUGAUACUGUAUCCUCCAGCUAAUUAUUAAACAAUUCAUUUCAUGAAUAUUGGAUACAUGAACAUAGGGGCACUUGCAACAAUUUUAAUUUUUAGAAAUACGAUUGUAUGUUAUAAGCAGUGCAGUAAGCAUAGCUGAUUAAAACUUUUCAUAAUUUACUUGUGUAUCUUUCACUACUAUGCAAUACAUUUUCUAUAGGUAUAGAAGUUCCCUACUAAAGUUCAGUUUGUUUGGAACAUCAAUAGUUAGUUGGUGUAAACAUAUAUCCCUUCCCUUGUACUGGCACACAAUUGUUUUAUGCCGCAUUAUGUUUUAUAACCCUAACCCUAAGCUCAAACUUUGUUAGUAAAACAGCAAUUAGAACAUGAACAAGUGAUAGGGUAAACAAUAUGUAGUGUUUGUAUUUAAUAGUGUAGAGCUGUGGAAAAUAAAUACAUAUAUCUAUAUUUAGAAAGGUUUAUACUGCAUGAUUGUUUCUCAAAAUUAAAGUCUUUCAUUAAUAAGUGUCGCCUCUAAAUGAAGGGAGAUGGGUUAGAACUUGUUCUUCUUGUUCGUCUAAGAAGCCACCUGUCGGGCCAGUUUUAAGAUAUCGUGAUAAAACUUGUAGUAUACCUGCAUCAUCCAAAGAGAAAAUGCAAUGCAUUUGAAUAAUAAAUUAGGUCACAGUGACCUUUAUAUGCAGGUCAAAUAAGUACAGAAUUUUCAGUAAAUUCUUUUCCAUGCCAUAUAACCUCUGCACAAAAUCUAGGUAAAUACUCUGAUUAAAGAAAAAAAUAGUUUUGUUAGCAAAAACAAGUUUAUAGUCAAAUGGAAAAUUUUCCAGUUUCAGAAAACUAAAUUAUUGAAGGGAAAAUAAUGAGCAAAAUAGAGUUUUUUACUGCAAUCCUUUCAUUGUGGAUAUUAAGAGAUGGAAAAAAAGAGAGACCCACUGACUGUUGAAAUAUAAGCCAGACCUAGACAAGGAACAAGAGUAUUUUAAAAAUUAUUAUUGUUCUCUUUAAUAGCUCUUAAAUGUGUUUUAUAAAGUAGGGAUAGAUAUUGCCAAAAAGUACAAUAAGUGAGAUAUACACAUAAUUAUAUACAAUACAGAUAUUAUUGAUAAGGGAGAAGAUAACUCCAUUUUAUGUUGUUACAUGUUGGUUUAUGUGCUGUACAUGUAUACCAAACUUGUCUGUGUGUGGCCUCUACUUGGAAUUGGUUUUAUAAAUGCAAUCAGUAUGAUUUAUUUGUUUGUCCAAGCAGACAACUUGUUUGUAAAGGUUUAAUACAGAAUCGUUGUUGAUUCUGAACUUUAUGUUGUUAAAACAUUUUAAAGGAUUUACAUUUAGUUUUACCAGCAAACAAUGUUAGGAUUUUUAAUAUGUUGUUCAGUGCACAUAGGAUUGUUAAUAAAUCUAUUGACAUUGAGUAGAAAUUGCAUUGGAGUUUAUCUAACCGAUGGUUUUAAAGAAUCUCUUUAAAAGUUGUGGAAAAUUCUUUUCUAGUGUUUACUUUGGUAAAAAAAAAAAAGUGAUGUUAUACCAGGGUACUUAACAUUUUAUAAAUGACAUCUUGAAAAUACUGGACAGAAUUAUCUUUUUCAAUUUUUUGCUUCUUCAGUAAUCAGAUACAAUAUCUUAUAAUUGCAUCUUAGGUUUAAUGUAUUGAAAAUAUUUUAGGAAUAAUAAUUAUGAUCAGAACAGAAAAACAAGGUUGGGGCCUUUAAUAAGGGAAAAGAAUUCUUUGGAAGUGUGUAAACUUAUAUAGCCAAUCUGUAUUGGAACAUGUAAGCCCUGGUUGGUGAUCAAGUGAAAUGUCACAAGUACACAGCUGUGGCAUUGGAACUUUCUGUUAAUUCAUGUUGGGGAAAGAGUUCCAACAUUUCUAAAAGUCACCUGAAGGUUGAUGUUUUGAAGUUAGAAAAUAGUGGUACAGUGUAUUAAAGUUAUCACAUUAAAAAAAACCACCGGAAAACACCAGUAAAAUUGAUUUGCAUUGAAAACCCUGGUUAUUGCAUAUGUUUCAUUUUUUAUAGUCUUUUUUUGUACUUUCCAUUUAUGUAUAAACAUUUUCUUUCGAUGUCCUUGAAAAACAAUUAUAUAUUUGUACCUCGAUUGAUUUGAAUUUGGUAAGUUAAUGUGUAAAUUAAAAGGACUAAAUAAUUGUUAAAUUUCCAUCAUUUGAAAUUGUAGAAGCACACAGCAUGACUAUUUCAAAGCACUCAUUACUGUCACUUCUGUCACUUAAUCAAUCUCUCAAUCGCUGCUUCCAGUCAUAUUUGAUAACAACACAUCAAUCUUUGAACAGGGACUUUGGAGAUGGCAUUUUCAGUAUUAACUAUUUAAUUUAUUCUUUUCAAUUUUUGGGGAUGUGUUAAAUUUAAAAGAUUUUGUCUUAAGUUACCAAAAUUUUUAUUUAUGUGCACUGAAAACUUAAGAAAUGUUGUUUGUACCUUUCUGUUAUGAUGAAAAAUGUGUAAUAAAAAGGUAUUUUUUAAAA